CUUGAACUUUGCGGACUUUGUUCAAAAUCCCACUGCUCUCUAGGAUUUCAACUUUCAGCAACAGCGGUGCACAACCCACCUCUAACCAGCCAACAUUAUGGCCCUGUGCAAGUUUAUGUGUGCGAUUAUUACCAGGGGGUUAUUUAUCCUCGUCUCCCUGAUCGGGGUCGGGAGGGUGACAUUGGUGAAGCAUGAUCCUAAUUACUGGUUCCUGACGCUCCUCUUUCUGCCGCUUGUCGUUGAAAUGAUAAUAACUCUGAAGAGACGAAGGGGAGAAGAUUACAAAUGGUUUUCUCCUGCAAUCUUUCUGUUUCUCAUCAGUAUCAUCCCCUCCAUCUGGAUCCUGGAGCUCGACCACCAGCAGAACAAAGUCGAGGAACCGAAGUGCAACAAGCUCGACUCUUUGGAGAAUCUGAAAAUGUUCACACCUAACACAACCCAGGGAAACAUGACAUACCAGGACUACCUCAGGAUUUUUAACCAGACAAUAUCAACCGUCUGUGCCAACACCUGGAUGCUGGCUCUCCAUCAGAUCGUGCUCAUCCUCCUCAUUGUAGGGAAGUGGCUUCUCCCUUUGGGAGGUGGAAUCACGCGUGAUCAGCUGUCGCAGCUUCUCCUAAUUUUUGUUGGCACUGCGGCAGACAUCCUCGAAUUUACUAGUGAGACGAUGUCAGAUGUGAAAGAAACAAUCAAUCAGCUGGUCUACAUCAUCUUAGCUGUAUGGACCUGGAGCAUGUUGCAAUUCCCCUUCCAUCUGGCAGUGGUGGACUCCAGAUCAGACAGUGAGGAUGUUGAAGCGGCCCAGAAAGUAUCCCUCUUAACCAAACACAGAACGGACAUUUGGAGCAUCGUGGAGGCCUUGUUUAUCCAGGAUGGGCCUUUCCUGGUUGUCAGACUCACUGUUAUGACCUAUUUCAAAGUCUUCCACCAGAUGCUAUGUUUCUUCGCCAUCAAGAACUUCCUUGUAGUCAUACUGAACUUCUACAGGUUGGUUGUUAUAUGCCAAGACUUCAGAUCGACCAACAGCAGAGCUAAAUGUUCGGGACCUGAAGUUGUACCGUUAGAUUAGAAACUAACUUUUAACUCUAUGGAAUCAGUUGGUUGUGAAUAAUUGAAGCUGUUGGGAACAGAAAACUGUGAGCAACUAUUUUCUUACACUACACAAGGGUAUGAAGUUGCCACCACCAUUUAAUCACUAUUCAAAUGUGUCAACGUGUCAAUGAAGAUGUUAUGUUAAAACCAGUGAGCACAGAGGAAAUGAGGGAAGCAGAGCACAACAGGAAAAAGGGGUUGGGGUCCAAGUAUGAAAUAACCUGAUAUUAUUAGAUGCGGACGGAUAAAGCAAAUUACUGAGCCUGUCACAAUAAGACCAAUUAAAUUAAUCCCAAAGCACAUCCUCUCAUGACAACAGUGAACCUGAGGAACUGAAACCAGACUAUUGCUUACUUAAGGACUGGACAGACUUCUGACGGUGUGAUUUCUGGUGUUGUGUAAAGACAGAGAGAACGGAAAGAGAGGAAGACAGAGAGAGAGAUACUAGAUGAUAAAAAGGCUGUGAACUGUUGACAGAAGCUGAGAUCGAGGAAGAGCGAAUCUCCUGUCUCAAACCAGACAGGAAGUUAAAACUGAUUAUAAAAACAUCUACCCUAUGCCUGGUUGGCAAUAGCUUUUCCAAGACUAGAUAAGGAAGACUAUAAAUUCUGAGUGUUUGUGAAGGAUUGGGGUUAAAUGGUAUGUUAUUAUUUUUCCAAACUUUGAUUGAUCACCUUGAGAAAGGCCCAAAAAUCAUUGUAUUUAUGAAGUUGUACUGUCAUUACUGUCACUUUUUUACGAGAAAAAAUUAAAAAUGAAGAGAGUGAAGAUGCAUCUAAUUGCACUCAGGUAAUCAACUCUCAUUUGAGUUUGUGUGCGUGCGUGUGUGUGUUUGUGUGGCAUAGCCUUUAAAAUCAUGAUUUAUUCUAAGCUUUAUGACUCCCUGAUUGAUGCGAAAAUGUUGAAGACAAUUUCAGCAAAAACUGUGUAUUUUAACUUGUUUAACUUAACUUGUUUAUUUUAUCCCAAAUGUCACCUAACUAUUGUAUUCAUGAUCUAAUCCUUUGUUACCUGUUAAUGUGGCUUGACCUGAGAGAGCCCAAAUAAAAUAUUGCCAA